AUUUGCUCCGAGUAGUCGUCAAGUAAUCAGAUUAGAUGUUUCGGUCGAUUAAAACCCAUUUCAAUCAAUUUAUUUGGCAAAAAUUCCGAGUGUCACGGGGUGGAAUUUUAUCAAGGCAAAGGCGAAGAAGGACCUGACCUGUGCUCACAAAAUGGUGUUAUCGACGAUUCUUUCCAAAAAGACGAUCAAGCCCUCCUCUGCCACCCCUGCUUCACUUCGACGUCACAAUCUCUCUUUCAGUGAUCACAUGGCUACUCCUGCAUAUGCUCCAAUGGCCGUCUUAUACUCCAAACCAUCGGAAAAUAAUAUAAGCCAGAUUCUUGAAAACUCGCUUUCAAAAGUAUUAGUCUUUUAUUAUCCCCUUGCUGGAAGAUUAAUCAUGGAUGAUAAAUGUUCCUAUGUCGAAUGCAAUGACAUAGGUGCUGAGUUUUUAAACGUCCGAGUCAGUUGUCCAAUGUCUGAAAUUCUCAACCAUGCUACUGAUAUAGUGUACCCCCAUGAUUUGCCUUGGAGGACUCUUAGUUCCUUCAAUGAAAGAAGUCUACUAGUGGUCCAAUUAAGUCAUUUCGAUUGUGGUGGAAUAUCAAUCAGUGUAUGCAUAUCACAUAAGAUUGUUGAUGCAUAUAGUAUCUCUAUGUUCCUUAAUGAUUGGGCUGCUAUAACUGGAGAGUCGGAUUUCAAACCAUCUCCUCAGUUUGAUGCAAAUUCUUUCUUCCCACUAAUGGAUGAUCCUCCGAUAUACGUUGUACCAGAUUUUUUACGUGGUCAACAUCAACCAUGUGUGUCAAGAAUGUACCAUUUCUCAUCCUCUAGUUUAGGCAGACUCAAAGAUACAGUUUCAAUGAAUUCAGAAGUGCAGAAUCCAACUCGAUUUGAAGUUGCCAUAGCUCUUAUUCAUAAAUGUGGAAGGGAAGCAUCAAAGGCGAAUAAUUCCGGUUUGUUUAAACCAUCUUUAUCGUGCCAUCUAAUGAAUUUACGCCCACCAUUGCCCCUAAACACCAUUGGAAAUGGUGUACAUUUCUUUAACACAAUAGCAGUGACAGAAGAUGAGAUACAAGUGCCCCACUUCGUUGCUCAGAUACGCAAGGCUAAACAACAUCUUCGAGAUCAGCUAGCCUCACGUUCACUUAUGGAAAUCAAAUUAGAGCCAGAGGGUGCAAACAUAAUGGAACGUGAAUAUGAUUUUUAUCUGUGUGCUAUCUGUGUGCUAGCUUGUGCCACCAAAAAAUCCAAUGAAGAACAACUUAACUUUCUUGGAUGACCCAAAUGGAGAUGGGAUAAAUGCACUAGUCACUUUGACAGAAGCUGAUAUGUCAAUAUUUCAGAGUAACAAAGAACUCCUAGAGUUUGCUGUUCCUCUUGUUUAAAGGCCAUCUUGCCAAACUAGCCAUUAUGUGUGAUCUUCCUAUCCUAACUAUUGUUCUUUUUUUUUUUUUUUUCGAUUAAUCAGUUGCAUGUGUAUAUCAACGUUUAUAUGGCUUACUGUUUUGCUUUUGCUUGAAUGAAGCAAUAAAAUUGUACCUUCUAACUUAGAACAAAUGGGAAAGAAGUCAUGUACCAUGUUUCAUGGUUGGGUAAAAAACAAUUUUCCAUUUGAUAAGUGAUUUUUGCGCUCUACAUCUUGCAACUUAUCCAAUUUUAGCCAUAACACUGAC